AAAAGACGUUCACGCUGAAUAGCACCAAGCCGUCUCUGCGCCAACAACGAUUGCAUGAAACAGCUUCCUAUAAAAGCAAAUUUUUGCGCUGUCCAGCAUGUAAAGUGGAUAUUUUUCAAGCCGAUGCCAGCUUCUGUUCCGAGUGUGGAAGUCCCAUUGGCACCCAAACAGUAUCCAUGCGCGGUAGGCCGAGCGACGAUGAAAGGGUUUUGUUUCACGAACUCAACACUGGAUGGACGUUUAUUCUAUUCAGAAAAGACGUCCAUGCUGAAGGCCUCCAUAAUAACAACACCGAUUUCACCACAAUUGAUCGUUUUCGAAAAGACAAUGUUGUUGAGCUGGAAGGAAGUGUCAUAGCAAAUACCGAUAAUGUCCUUAAAGUGAUGAUAUAUACACUCUCCCGUCCUUGGAACCUCCAACUGCGGCAUUCAUUUAUCUGCUUAAGAGACACCAGCGGCAAAUGGAAGCGUUGCUGGAUGCGCUGGGGAGCAGCAGGAAGAGGACUGUUCGGUAGGGGCCGCCCUUGUAUAGUAUUAGGCAAUAGAGAUUAUAGAGAUGAUAUGGAGUGGAGCCCUGGUACUUAG